GGAGUGUGGAAUAUUAAUAACUUACCACAGUGAAUUGUAUGUACAUACAUAUGUACUUCACAUCCCUCUUGCGCUCCUUCAUUAACCCCCUCUCUUUCUCUCUUCCAUCCUGCCUUCCCUUCCCCCACUCUAAACACAAAGUAUGGUUUGAACCGACCGGUCCGGACAAGGCCAGUGCACUGCUCCAUGACGGAGUUCUAGACAGAGUCAGCUAUACUUCACCCAACCUCGCAGAGCUGCGCAGCAUCCACAGCUGUCUCGUGGACUCUCUUCCACCCACUAAACCACACAUUACUGAUCUAACGGUGGAGGAGAAACUAACAGAAUGUGGAGAGCUUAUCCCACGUCUACUUGACCAUGUACCGCAUGUCCUGGCCAGCCUUGGCAGAGACGGAGUUGUGUGGGGGGAGAGAAGAGAGGGAGGCGAAACAAAUCUCUCUCAUUUCACCACUUUUGGUCGCCAUUCUCAUACCAAGCCAGUCAGUGUCUCCGGCGCAGGAGAUAGUUUUGUAGGUGCAAUGCUAUCCAGCCUGGUACGAGGAUUCCCCCAUGACAAGGCCAUCAAAGCAGGACUAAGAGCAGCAAGUCUCUCAAUCAUCUCCCUCGACUCAGUCUCUCCCACCGUAACCCCAAGACUCUUCUCCGACGCUGCCAUAGAGACGUGGGCACCAUGGCAACCACAGGAAAUAUACCUCUCGUUAUAG